AUGAUGAACCAACCGGCUUUCAGCGCAACCAUUUUUCCGAGCAGCUCAGCCUCGACUGUUUUUCAGUCCCACCAAAUCGUAAGUUCCCGCGGGACCCCUAAGAUCUUUAAAUUAAUCCAAUUAUUUUGCAGCCAAACCACUUCCAGCCACAAGCUGCGCUGACAAUGUAUCAAGCGCCGCGUGACACUGGAAAACCACCAGUCCGUGGCAAAACCUCGCCAUACGGCUUUUUCGUCAAAAUGUGCUACGAAGAGCACAAGAAGAAGUAUCCCAACGAGAAUGUUCAAGUCACCGAAAUCUCCAAAAAAUGUUCGGAAAAAUGGAAGACGAUGGUGGAUGAUGAGAAGCGACGAUUCUACGAGUUGGCACAAAAAGACGCAGAACGAUAUCAAGCUGAGGUAGUUUGUUAGGUGGUCAGAUUGAUUGAGUAAUUUUUGGGAUCUUAUUUAUAGGUUGCUGCGUAUGGCGGAGAGGAUGCAAUGAGAAAGAGGAAACGAGCCAAGAAAGAUCCACACGCACCGAAAAGAGCAUUGUAAGUUGCUUUAUUUUCUACCCUUUUUGAGCUUUGUAUUAUCCGGUUUCAACGAUUCCACCUCCCUAGAAAAAUCAAAGAUGAAACAUAUCGAAAUAUACCAAAUCGACCAUGCUGAUCACGAUUCCGAAGUCAAAAAUUACCAGAAAUUCAUGUUAGCACUUUUCUGGAGCUUCAAAGUUAGAAUUGAGUUUUGGUUUCCCCCCUGGAUGGAAAAUCAACUUUUAUAACUUGGAUAAGGUUGUUCACCAUAUUCGAAAACCUAUCCGCUUUUUAGUUUUUCAAAAUUAUGAAAAACUAGCUGAAAACUGUAGUUUUGCACAAAAAACUUUGAAAAACGUGUGUAUUUUCAGGACUUUUUUGAAAAGUACAGUGAAAAACUAAAAAGCGAAUAGGUUUUCGAAUGUGGUGAACAACCUUAUCCAAGUUAUAAAAGUUGAUUUUCCACCCAGGGGGAAAACCAAAACUCAAUUCUAACUUUGCUCCAGAGCUCCAGAAAAGUGCUCACAUGCAUUUGUGGCAAUUUUUGACUUCGGAAUUGUGAUCAGCAUGGUUGAUUUGGUAUAUUUCAUCAAAAGUUCAACAAAAAAUCCAACUCACUGUAAUGUAUCAUCUUCUUUAAAAUUUGGUGAAAUUGGAACAUUUGGCGGGGGUAAUCUAGAUUUAAAAAAUUUAAAAAUAUUGUUGAGAUAUCAAAACUCACGCUGAAUGUGGAGAUGGUCCUCCAACUGGUGUUUGCUUCUUUUUAGACGCAGAUUUUUUCACCAAAUUCACCUGAAAAGUAUUUUUUUGUCUUAGAAUCACAUGCACAAAAUCAAUAAUUACCUUUUCAUCACUUUUAAACGCCGCAUUUUUCCGACAAAUUAGACAUGUGUAAAUUGCAAUUGAAAUCAUUAUGAUCUAAAAAUAACAUAUUUUAGUAAAAAUAAUUUUUUCAAACUCACAUUAUUUAGGAAAAACGUGCAAUCUGACAUAAAUGACAUAGUGCAAUUCCAAGAAUAGAAAAUAACAGAAAACCCAACUAAAAUAGUUUUUUCAUCACAAAGUUCACGUUCAAAGAAAAAAUAAAUAAAUAAAAUAAAAUGUUUUUGCAGAUCUGCCUUCUUCUUCUAUUCACAAGACAAACGUCCGGAUAUUCAAGCAGGACAUCCAGAAUGGAAAGUCGGACAAGUUGCACAGGAAUUGGGAAGACUUUGGAAAACCAUUUCACCAGAGACCAAAGAUAUGUAUGAACGAAAGGCGCAGUUGGAUAAAGAUCGAUAUGCAGAGGUGGGGUUUUGGGAAGAAAAAAAUUUGAUUUUGAGAAAAUCUGUAGCAAGUUUUCCACAGUUUUUCCCAAGUAUUUUUAAAAAUUUGAAUGAAAAUUUGUAGGAAAUGCGUCAAUAUAAAUCAGACAUGUCAAAAAUGCCUGGAAUGGAACAUUUGGAAGAUGAUCAUCACACAACACAUCUUGUUCAUGUUGAUGAACUUCAACACGGUCAAAUUAUUCCAUAA